GUUCCUUUCCCUCAACUUGCGCAAAUACCCUUCUCCCUUUCCUCCUCUCCUCUUUAUUUCUACAUUACCUUUUUUCUUUGUCCUACUACCCCCCUUCUCUACCAAACAACUAGAUUCCCUCCCAGCGUCUAGCAUCUCACAACUCAGCUACAAUGGCCGCCGCAGCUGUCAACACCAACCCUCCUCCACAGUCCGAGACCUCAGAGAAGCACAAGCCGAACCAUGCUUCUAGCCCUUCGAUCGCUUCCAAGGCAGAGGUCAACGGUUCCGAUAACCAUGAGCAUCAACACUUCAAAGAACUUCAGAAGAGCCUGCGCAAUGCUAUGAAGAAGCUGAAUGCGACCGCUAAGGUUGACGCCAUCAUCGCCGAAAACCCUGGGAAGUCAUUGGACGAGCUCGUCGCGGAGAAGAAGAUCAACGUCGAUCAGAAGGCUCAGGCCCUGAAGAAGCCUUCCCUCCAGGCCGCUGUUGCUCAGAUCGAGGAACAGAUUGCCCAGUUCAAGAGCUUCGCUGCCUAUUACGAGGAACGCUUGGUCAGCCAGAAGGCUGAGCUGGAGCAGGCCCACAAGGAGCAGCUUGAAGCUGUUCAGAAGCAGGCCACCGAAGCUGCUAGCGGUGUUAGAGAGACGGAGCUCAGACAGAAGCUGCUUAACUUGAGCAAGUUCCUCUGUGCGGCUGCGCGGGUUAGAAACUCUGGAGACGAGACCUCGAAUGAGAGCCGUGCCUUUGAGGGUGUCCUUUACCAGAUCUACGGCGGUACUCAGGAUGCUGUCUCUUCCAUGCUCAAAAUCAUCGAUGGCGUGGACGAGAAGGUGGUUGGCGUUGACAGCACUCUCCUCGAUGUCACCUACGGAAGAGUAAAGCAGGCCGCUGCUGAGCUUGCUGGACCAACUGACGAGACCACCACCGCCACCACCGAGGCCGCACCUCAGUCGGACCCUACUAUUGCCAACGCCGGUUACACCGAGCUCCAGGAUUCUUCUUACAACACCGACGCUGCUGCUACCGUUGCUAACGAGUCCGCUACUGCCGCUGAGCCUGAGGCGGAACAGGUCCAGCCGCCUGCUCAGACUCUCGUUGGCGAGGGUGGUAACGCAGUCGCGGAGGCCAACUGGGAUGCCAAUGCUUCUGGUGUCUCCUCGGCCAACACCGAAGGCUGGGUUGAGGUCCCCCGGGACCCCGCCGAGACCGAUACUGGCCUGGAGGCCACACCUGCAGCGGUGCAAGCUGAGGUAAAGACCAGCCCGGCUGCCGAGCAGGGCACCGAGAAUGUUACUGUGCCGAAGGACGGCUUCGAGCAGGUACACCACCAGAGACAGCCUAGUGUUCGCGGACGUGGUCGUGGCGGACAUGGCCGUGGACGUGGUGAUGGUUUCCGGGGACGCGGACGCGGUGAGUUCCGUGGCCACGGUCGUGGUCGCGGCCGUGGUGGUCGGGGCCGUGGCGGAGCCAACGCCAAUGGCAAUGGCGCUCCCAGUGCCGCUCCUGCUGGAAACCAUACAUCUCAAGGCCGACGCGGUCCUGAUGCUGGCUCCUUGCCUACUGAAUGGCACUGGGCCUUGUCCAUGCUACAUCUUUACAUCUUCCCCGCUUUUAUUAUUGCAGCCGUCGGGGCGUUGUGCUUUCCUUUGUCUAUCCUCUCUCAUACUAAUAAACUCAUGGGUAAUGGCGGUGUCAUGGUUGACGAAAGCAAUGACUCUUGA